AUGCAUUACGUGGCACAAUAUUUAUUAUAUGCUCAGACCGACUUUUCGCGGGGUCCGCACUGGAAUCAUGAGUCCCCAUUCUUACCAGUAGACUGGGAAACAACUCAGGAACGGGGUGCUCCGUCUCUAAAGCACGCAGCUAUGAAGCGUGUGCUGCGCGAUCAGUCCGCGCUGAAGGUAGAGAUGUUCGAGCAUGUUCCUUGGCUGAUUGCGGCGUACCUGUGGGACUGUUUGGGGAAGUGCAUGAAACGUACUCUCCACAUGUGGAAAGUCAUGACAACUGUGUACCCGGAAUUUAGAAAAGAAUAUCCUUGCUACCACAUGGAGACUGUGACCUGCAAGCAGCCGCUGCGGAAAAACUAUUUCGAAAUAAUGAACAGCGAGGAUUGUGUCUGGCGUGGAGUCCUAUCAUUCCCCUCCAAUCUUGCUGAAGUCGCCGAUUUUGUCGCAAUUGCCAACGUGAAGAACUUGGUUGCCCUCCAAAUCAACUCGACAUUCGAUGUUGAGAACCCUGCCUGGACUGGUGACAGGGUAAUGACCAACGCUGAUGGAAUCCAAGAUGGAGUCAUCCGGGGCUGGCUUGAGAUGGCAGAAAGCCAGGGGUCAUUUCGGCAUUUGCGGUUUCUGAGAAUGGAGGGACAGAACAAACUGACUCCUCAUGUGUUGCCGUUGUUGAAAAAGCUUCCACAACUGCAACAUAUUGUUAUAAGCAAGUGCGAUAUGUUUACGAAGAAGUUCAAGGUCAUUCACAAAGUUAAGGGGCAGGAUGUGAUCGAAGUCGAUGGAUGGAUUGUACGUCGCCAAGACUGGAUCGUCCAAAAAGAAGGACUUGAGAAAGCAAAGCAGGCGGAGGCCAUCCAAGAGAUGUAUGAUGAUGGUCGUUCUGUGGAUUCUCAGCAAUUCACGGGCAUGGAACCGCUCACACCGUACUCAUUAAGUCUGGACACCCCAGUAAUGAAACUAGACAUCUCGCGAAGGUAUGGGUUGUCGUUUGUGGAAAACCCGACGCAGCUUUUUGUCCUCGUUAGGGCUACUUGUGAGCCACAAGCUGAGAAACGACGUCCCCCAGAGAUGACAGAACGACCUGGAUCAAAAAAGCGGGUUAUGAAAGACCGAGGGCAGGACUUGGCGGGAAUACUGGGUCAAUUUAUGUAG